CACAAAGCUGGUUCGAAUAAAAUUGCCAAGUUUUACGAGAACGAAAACGUUGUUUUUCAAUCUUCCAAGCAUAUAAUCACAGCGAUAAAUAAAGGAAAGUAAAAGUUUGCGUAUCUAUUUUCGGUGUUUCCGUUCUACACAAACAUCGUAUGUGGACUAUUGAAGAAAAACAAUAUGGCCGCCCACAAAAAUAGUUGAAAAUAGUGAGCUCAAAAACAAUGUGUCAACGGAUAUUAUACAAUGGUCGCGUGAAAACAUUAUAAGACUCGAAUGAUUAUUAAAACUGUUUUCAAAGAAUAUUUGAAUGAGAAAAGCUGACUAAGCUAAGCCGAGGAAAAGGACGUAGACGAGAUAAAAGGAUACAUUAGAAUUUACAAUGAUCCUGCUGUUGGGGUGAAGCAAAAGUUGCUCGAGAAGUUGCGGGAGCAAAUGUGACAGCCUAGGAGCGAUACAGCUAAACAGUCAAUGUAUAGCACGCAUGCGAGCUACGCAUACGAAAGCGUACAUAUAUUCGUGAACGUUUCACACGUCUAAAGUUGAACUAGAGAACGUACGUAGAAACGAUUGUCUGUGAUAUGGCUGUGACAGUGGGUACUAAAAAACGAGCAUUUGUUCUAAAGCAUUCAAGCGAUACAUAUACAAAAAGGUGAAUGUGUGUUGGUGACAGUGUAUUGUACAAGACCGAAAGUUAGAAUUCUCCAAGUUAUAAUACGCGUAUAUAUAACUGAAGAGAGAUUAGAUGCACCACACGUACGGGAGGAUACGGCCUCCUUAGCCGCUGCAUUCUCUCUUCUCGACGUCUGUUGUGUAUAAUACGAGAGGAGGGACAAAGGAGCUGCUCUCGCACGUCUCGUGCGCGGAGACAGACGAAAAAUUUGAACGUUUGAAAUCGAAAUUUGUAGAGUUUAAAAAAAUAACGAGUUCGCUGUUUUGGAAGAAAAAUCAGAUUUUUAGUGUGAUAAGAAAGGAAAAAUUAUGGAUCUUCAUGACGAACCGUUUUUCCAAGGACAAUUACUCUUUCCGCCACAAGGAGUGCUCAGCCAACUCAAGAAAACUUGGCACAAAAAAUUCUGUCAGAUUUUCAAAGCCAGCAAAUAUGGGAUAGAGAGACUCGAGAUUUACGACAGUCAGGAUGAAAUUUUGUCGCAGCAACAUUCACCGAGGAUUCUCACCCUUGAAGCUUGCAUCAAAAUUUCUUCGAGUAACCAACCCAGAGUUUUCACGGUAGUGACAAAAACAGGAGUGCAUCACUUUGGAUGUUUUUCCGAUUCGGAGACAACAAAUUGGAUAGAAGCGUUUCAAUCAGUGGCAUUCAAAGGUGAUGCGUCUGGGCAGACAAUUGAGGAAGACAAUGAUCUCUACUGCACCAGUGGCGAGGGUGUUUUUUCAGUUAAAGUAGUAGAGACUGAAGCUUCGAAGCGAUGCAAACUAGAGUCAAAGACUUACACGCUGGUGGUGGCGGCGGUUGAGAUGAAAAUCAUAGACGGAGAUUCUGUGUUGUACACGUGGCCUUAUAGAUACAUAAGAAGAUACGGUUACAGAGAUGGAAAGUUUACAUUUGAAGCUGGUAGAAAAUGCGAAUCGGGUGAAGGUUCAUUUCGAUUGGAACACAGCAAUCAGCAAGAAAUAUUUCGGUGUAUAUCUUCGAAGAUGAAAUCAAUGAAAAAAUUGUUGAACAGUGAAAACAGUCCAAGCAUCGAGUGCAACGACGCUCAAUAUCAUGCUGCGCUCUCCAUGGAAGCUGGUUCUCGUUCGCCCCUGCCACCUUCGCCUAAUAGUUCCAACAAUCUCAUAGAUAUAGAUUUUUCAACGAUAUCACAAAACUCCCAAAAGCACCUCGUUUCUUGUUCCUCGUCGAGUCUCGAUUCCAUACCGUUCAUAAGGCCACCACCUCCCAUCAUAAAACCCAAACCUGCAAAACCACCCAGAAAAUAUAUCUUCACCGGAUUGCUGGAGAAAAAGAGUUUCGAGGGCGAGUUUGGGGACGUACCCGCCUGCGGAAAAUAUCGUAAAUUAAACACAAGCGGCUCGCCCGACGUGAGCCUCAGAGGUGUCACCCAAUCUUCCACUGCCAGUCAGUGCUCCGACGACAAACAUCCUUAUGACCUCGUUGAAGUCAGAAGCGACGCAUGGAGAACUCACGGUCUCGAUAACAUUCCCCAUUCCGAACGAGUCGAACGUAGAGUCUCCGACGACGAGGAAAAUCCUACGGAAUCUAUGGACAAUGAGACCAACGCCAAUACUAAUUUUAAUGAUGAACACGCAGAGUACGAAUCUCAAUACGAAACCAUGAACCCGCUCGUUCCGACGAAUCUCGGAGCUAAUAAUUCUUCAAAACGUAAGCCAAGCAUCGAGUCGACACAAAAUAUCCCAGUUGCCGCAUCACCCAUUAUUCACAACAACGUUACGACCAAAAACGAUUUUCCAAAUUACGACAAACUUCAACAUUUCGGCUCUAUGCACAAACUCAACAAUAAUCCAGGCUACAAGACUCCCAAUGUGAGUCAGAGCAGUUCGGUUGUUUCGGGCGACGACACCAGCGGGCCAUGGCCGAAUUACGACGUCGUCGAAGACUUAUGCGGCAUUCGUCUCGCCGACGACACUCACAACGGUUACGGGAUUAUUCGAAAGAAAACCAGCACCACGAGCAAUCCUGUUACACCUUCCGGUCAACCUAAACACAGGGUUUUCAACGAUAGCGAAUACGCGAUUGUUUCGAAACCCAAAAGGGUUUGAAAAUGUUCUAUUACCGGAGAAAGCCACAUUUUCAACCAAGGAAUCGAUGCCUUCCUCAUUUUGUGCCUUAUUAGAUAUUAAUUACUAAUCAAUGAGAGACUCGGACCAUUGAUCAUUCUCCAAAAUUAAUUUACGGUGCCAAAAGUUUUUUAUACUGUUUCUAAACGCACUGAAAGUACUCGAGACCGUCCGUACUUGCAUUUAUAUCGGUGAUCCAUUUUCUACAGCCAACUUGUACGUACGCGGUCGUCGAUCCCAUUGAAACGCGUAGCUUUUAUUAAGAUUCAAAUUCGUUGUUGAAAUUUUUACCUCCGAGACAACGACGAUGUAUAUGUAUAUUUUUUCACAUAUUUCUCAGAAAAACGACAUUUUUAUUUUAUAUAUGUAUAUACAAGUAUGUUUUAUAUGAUAGAAUAUAUUUUUUAUGUGAUACGGACCCUUUAUUCGAGAAUUACCAUCGCUCAAGCAAUCAUCGUCGUAAAUGAUAUGCGUCCUCAGUAUCUGUUUAGCCAUUCAACGUAAUCAUUCAUCACAAGUUUUUACCUUAAGUAUUUCAUAAGGGACCAAAGAUCGCGAUUUCUACUGUACAGAGAAUUUCUAUACAAAUAAAAAACAAUCAAAACGA